AUGGAGUUAUCCUCGCCGGUUGUGAGGACGGAAGAUAUCUACAAGACCUACUGGCUCUAUUGGCGGCUGCUGGGUGUGGAGAGCAGGCAGCCGAUUCUGUAUGCACUCGAUAUACUGAUCACCAUUUUUGUGACCUUUUGGUAUCCGAUUCAUCUGAUUGCUGGACUCUUUUUUGAGUCAAGGCUGGGAGAUGUCUGCAAGGGUUUACCCAUCACGGCCGCCUGUUUCUUUGCCAGCUUCAAAUUUGUUUGCUUUCGCUGGAAGCUGCAGGAAAUCAAGGACAUCGAGGCACUGCUCCUGGAGCUGGAUCAGCGAGCUCUCACCGAGCAGGAGCGUGCCUACUUCGAUCGCAAUACCCAGCGAGAGGCGAAUUUUGUGUGGAAAAGCUUCAUCGUCGCCUACGGGCUGUCCAAUGCGGCGGCCAUUGCCUCUGUGCUGUUUGGCAAAGGACACAAGCUGCUGUAUCCUGCGUGGUUUCCGUAUGAUGUGCAGGCAACCGAACAGAUCUAUUGGCUGAGUGUCGCCUAUCAAAUUGCGGGAGUUAGCAUACAAAUUGUGCAGAAUUUGGCCAACGAUUCGUAUCCCCCGAUGACCUUCUGUGUGGUUGCGGGACAUGUGAGGCUGCUCUCCAUGAGACUGAGUCGAAUGGGGUAUGAGAGGAAGUCAGCGAAGCAGACAGUUGUUAGGGAGUUGGUGGAGAACAUAGAAGAUCACAGGAAGUUAAUGAAAAUCGUGGAACUACUCCGCAGCACCAUGCACCUCUCACAGCUCGGACAAUUCAUCUCGAGUGGCAUCAACAUUUCCAUUACCCUCGUCAAUAUUCUCUUCUUUGCGGAGAACAAUUUUGCGAUGACCUACUACGGCGUUUACUUUGUGGCCAUGUUGCUGGAGCUCUUUCCCUGCUGCUAUUAUGGGACGCUGAUUUCCGUGGAGCUGAAUCGCCUGACGGACUCCAUCUUCUCCAGCAAUUGGGUGGGCAUGGAGCGGGGAUACUGCCGCACUCUGCUGAUUUUCAUGCAACUAACUCUGGCGAAGGUGGAGAUCCGUGCGGGUGGCAUGAUUGGCAUUAGUUUGAAUGCAUUUUUUGCCACCAUUCGCAUGGCCUACUCCUUCUUCACGCUGGCCAUGUCGCUGCGUAAAUGA